AUGGCCACUCUCCCCCUUCACCACCCAGUACCACAGCACGUAUCAUCCGUCCCCCAGCUGCGAUCGCCUCCUCCAGUUUCGUCACAGUCACAACAAGGCGGCUAUGGUAAUCCUUACCAGCAUCAACCCCAACAUGGGGCGACAGGGAGCUCGUGGGGGCAGUAUGGCCAAUUCAUGAAUGACCCUACCGCGCAGGUUGCGGCUCAGUUUGGACAAACGGCGUUCAAGCAUGGUCAGGAGUAUCUUGAACAAAACGUCAAUCGCUGGUUCAACUUCGCCACGCUCAAACCAUAUUUCCAAGUGACCAACUCCUACGUUAUCAACAAACUGUUUCUCGUAUUGUUCCCAUGGAGACAUAAACCCUGGUCAAGAAAGCAAGCCCCAGGACCGAAUGGCCAAGACGGGUGGUAUCUACCACCAAGGGAGGAUGUCAAUAGCCCCGAUAUGUAUAUUCCAGUCAUGGCUGUGGUUACCUACGUGCUCCUAUCAACUCUGAUUGCCGGACUACGAGGCAAGUUUCAGCCAGAGGUUCUGGGAAAAACUGCCUCAACGGCCUUGAUAGUUGUUAUCAUUGAGAUGCUGGUUCUCAAACUAGGAUGCUACCUUCUAGGAAUCUCGAACCAAUCUCAACUUUUAGAUCUCAUCGCCUACUCCGGUUACAAGUUUGUUGGUAUGAUUGUUACCAUCGUGGUAGCAGAAGUGGCCAACGGCGGUCAGGGUACCGGUGGAUGGGUUGGGUGGGCAGUCUUCAGUUACACUUUCCUCGCCAACUCUCUCUUUCUUAUGCGCUCCCUCAAAUACGUUCUACUGCCGGAGAGCGCAAAUAAUAAUGGGGGACCGAUGCAGACGGAUUCGAGGGCAAAGAGGAGCCAACGGACCCAGUUCCUAUUCGCCUACUCUUAUCUUGUACAACUCGUGUUCAUGUGGAUGUUGACAAGGGCAUAG